ACAAACAAACAGAGAUUACAACUUUAUAUGUAUAGAUUACAGAAGUGAUGGAAAGAAUCAAAUCUAAAAGUAGAUUAAGCCCUGAAAGAUCCAAAAGGUCUAGAACACAUCAGUCGGUCAGAAGUGUAUCCAGGGUGUAUGUACAUGGGGUAUCCCCUAUGUCAAGAGGUAGAAGUAGGAGCAGAAGUAGAAAAAGUCCAGGAUGCAGAAGCGGAAGUAUUAGAAGUCCUCGGGAGAGGGCAAAAUCCAAUUUACGGAUUAAACCAUCAGUGAGCAGAAGUAGAAUGGAUUCGCCGAGACAAAAGAGCAGGAGUAGAUCUGACCCAAGACCGACGGGAAGGAGCAGGAGCAGAUCUGACCCAAGACUGAAGGGGAGGAGCAGGAGCAGAUCUGAACUCAGACCGACGGGAAGGAGCAGGAGCAGAUCUGAACUCAGACCGACAGGAAGGAGCAGGAGCAGAUCUGAACUCAGACCGACAGGAAGGAGCAGGAGCAGAUCUGACUCCUGGAAUAAAAGCCGAGCAUAUAGUAGACAUCAGGCUAGAAACAAGUCUGUCUCAAAAGAACGUGUUUAUGAAAGGGGAAAGAAAAUUAAACCCCCGGAGUCAAUGAGGAAAGAGAACAGUAAAAUUACACGCCGAGAGUCUUCUUCCAAGUCUCCAGUCCUUCGUGGUUUAUCAGUCCAGUGUGCGCCUAACAAUAAGGUUCGAGAUUGGAGGGCUCACAGCUACUUUCCUGACACAGAGGAUACUAAAAAGAAGAAGAAGAAGAAGAAAAAAGAAAUGUUGGAUUGGCGAAAUAUUGACCAAAUUAUUGGUGAAGUCAGCGGAAAAUCCAAGAGAGAUCGGAGUAUAAGACCCAGUGUUGGAAGACAAGUAACAGAGCCAAUAUUAGCUGAUGAUCCUUACUUUAAACCUAAACCUAGAGAUAAGGUUUCAAUAGGAUAUAAAUGCUGUAGAAUCUGUCACACCUUCUACGAGGAUACAAUGGAUGCUGCCAACCAUCAUAUUCGAACCCAUCCCGAAUCCUACCAUGUGAAGGUACCCUCGGAUAUAUGGUACAGCGAUAUUGAGGAGGUGGUCGCACAUUUUGCCAGGAUGGAUUUCAGUAAGGAUGAGUUGCAGAAGAAGAUGACGGAGAUGAAUAUUGUCGAGUUUCCUAAAGUUUUGAAAGGAUAUUCCUGCACUAAAUGCCUUACUCUUAAUUGCUCAUCAGACUCGGAAUUCGAGCUUCAUAUGUUGCAUGCCUGCUAUCCUAAACUGAAGAAGAAGGAUCAAGAAGAGCACAGGAUAUCCUGGUGCAGGGGUUGUAUGGCUAGGUUUAGGACCAAGGAGGAUCUAAUUCUACACGUGGAGAGAAAUCAGAACCCGGGAAAACGGUGUUUUCCAAGCCAAGAGAUUCUCACCAGGGUUUACGAUACUGCUAAAUCUUCAGACUUUCAGGUACCACCUCUUCUGCCACAGAGACUGAUUAAACAGGAAACCGUAGAAUCUGAGCCUGGCGUAAACUUAUCUGCAUCAAGUCUAUAUACUUCAUCUACUCUCUCUUCUACUCAUAAACCUUAUAGUGCUCCUAGAGAUCUUCUACAGAUCAAGAAAGAGCGAAGAUAUAUCGCCGAUACGUCCACAUCGGAAACUCAUUCUGAUCAGGAAAAAAUGGUGGAAACAUCUAGAUCUCAUAGUUCUAUGCCAGGACGAAGUUCUCCCUGGGAAACUUAUCCUCCUGAGCAUCGUACAUCGCCGCCUAACAUGGAAUUCGCCAACUCGGCGCCAAUGGAAAACUACUCUAAUCCCCCUCCGCCAUUAUUUAACACAUCUCAGUCCCAAAUUAUAGCUCCCAGCAUGACCUCCAGUAGUGCCUCUCUACCUCAAGUCCCGUACUUAAAUCUAUUGCUAGAGAAUGAUGCACUCCGAAAUGUUCUAAAAAUGGUUGGAAAUGUAUCUAGUACACAUGAGAAUGCUCAACCUGGGACGGAGAAUGAUAUUGCUGAAUACGGGAUGGAAACUGAUAUUAAGCAUUCUGUGAUUACUCCGAAUUCUCCCGAGUAUAUGGAUGUAGGAGAUGAAGAUGAUGGUAUUGAGAUUCUUGGCGAGGUAGCACAUCCGGACACCUGCAGUAGUCUUCAAUGCUUCUGGAACGGAAUUCACGUAAACUCUUGUUCCAGACUGGAGAUAAGUAGACGCUGUGGAACUGGGGAAUGUAAAAGUGGAGACCUCCAUCAAUGCUUCGGAUUCAGAAACAAUAAAUUCUCAAAGAACCAUGAUAACAAAGACGAGCUCUGCAAUAAACUCAGCUUCUACGCUAACUUUAAACAAGACAGGAAUACUAAAAAGAUUGAAAUAAUGGAUCAUGAGGUUCCAAGAAUCCCCUUUGAGCAAAGGAUAACGAAUCCGGCUGAACCUUGGCUCAGAUCAAACGGUUUAGAAGAUCCACGACGAACUCCAGGAUAUCCUAGAAAUAAAAAUAUAUUCGAGGAGAAGUUUAGCGUGGAAAACCACAACUCCAGAACAUUCUUCAUUGCCACGUGGAAUAGUAGGAGAGCAAGAGAAAAGCUGGGAUUUUGAAUUCUGGUGACGAUAGCAUUUAAAC